AUGGCGACCGCGAUGACUUGGAGAUUUACUGCAAACAAUGGCACCAGCCUCGCUGCUAAUGAGGAAAGAAAUGGCGAUGGCAAAGCUCAAGAUUCAGAGGCUCCAACUUCCCAUUCUGUUCCGAAAAUGGGAUUGAGAGAACGUAGCAGCAGCGGCAUGGAGGAUGCAGAUGGGACAUUAGCAAGUAUUGCUCAAUGCAUUGAGCAGCUACGUCGGAGCUCAUCUUCUAUGCAAGAGAAAGAGUAUUCCUUGAAGAAAUUAUUGGAGCUUAUUGAUAUGCGUGAAAAUGCUUUUAGUGCAGUUGGAUCUCAUUCUCAGGCAGUUCCGGUGCUCGUUUCCCUUCUCCGGUCAGGUUCAUUGAAUGUGAAGAUACAGGCAGCAACUGUCUUGGGCUCACUUUGUAAAGAAAAUGAGUUAAGGGUGAAAGUUUUGCUUGGAGGAUGCAUUCCUCCUUUGCUCAGUCUACUAAAGUCCAGUUCUGAAGAAGGUCAAGUAGCUGCUGCUAAGACAAUUUUUGCUGUCUCCCAAGGUGAUGCCAAAGAUCACGUUGGAUCAAAAAUCUUUUCAACUGAAGGAGUUGUUCCAGUGCUCUGGGAACAGCUGCAAAAGGGCCUAAAGGGUGGAAGUGUAGUAGAUAGUUUAUUGACUGGAGCAUUGAAAAAUCUCUACAGUGGUACUGAGAGAUUCUGGAAUGCGACAAUACAGUCUGGAGGAGUGGACAUAUUACUGAAGUUACUGGCAACAGGACAGUCUAGCACUUUAGCUAAUGUGUGCUUUUUACUUGCCUGUAUGAUGAUGGAAGAUGCAUCUUUUUGCUCAAAGCUAUUGACAGCAGAUGCAACAAAACAACUCCUCAAACUUUUAGGCCCUGGUAAUGACGCCCCAGUUAGAGCUGAAGCUGCUGGUGCUAUUAAAUCUCUAUCUGCCCAGUGCCAAGAUGCAAGGAAAGAGAUAGCCAAUUGUAAUGGCAUUCCCGCUUUGAUUAAUGCUACCAUAGCUCCUUCCAAAGAGUUCAUGCAAGGUGAGUAUGCUCAAGCAAUACAGGAGAAUGCUAUGAGUGCUCUUGCAAACAUCUCUGGUGGAUUGUCUUAUGUCAUCUCCAGCCUUAGUAAAAGCCUUGAAUCAUGCUCCUCACCUACCCAAACUGCCGACACAUUGGGGGCUUUAGCUUCAGCUCUUAUGAUAUACGAUGACAAGGCAGAAAAUACUAAAGCAUCAGAUCCUUUGGCAGUUGAGCAGACAUUACUCGAGCAAUUUAAACCCCGUUCUCCCUUCCUUGUGCAGGAAAGGACCAUUGAAGCUCUUGCUAGUUUGUAUGGAAAUCCUAUACUAUCACUUAAACUUGCAAAUUCUGAUGCAAAGCGUUUACUUGUUGGUUUAAUAACAAUGGCGGCUAAAGAAGUGCAAGAUGAGCUUCUAAAAGCUCUCUUGACACUUUGCAAUAGUGAAUGCAGUCUAUGGCGUGCACUUCAAGGCCGUGAAGGAGUUCAGCAAUUGAUAUCACUUCUGGGGCUUUCAUCAGAACAGCAACAAGAAUGUGCUGUUGCCCUGCUCUGUCUUUUGUCUGAUGAAAAUGUUGAAAGUAAAUGGGCGAUUACUGCUGCUGGUGGUAUACCUCCACUUGUUCAAAUUUUGGAGUCGGGAUCUGCCAAAGCAAAGGAAGACUCAGCAACAAUCCUUAGGAACCUAUGUGAUCACAGUGAGGAUAUACGUGCCUGUGUUGAAAGCGCUGAUGCAGUUCCUGCAUUGUUGUGGCUAUUGAAGAAUGGAAGCCCAAAUGGGAAGGAGAUUGCAGCUAAGACCUUGAAUCACUUGAUUCAUAAAUCUGAUACGGCAACUAUCAGUCAGCUAACAGCAUUAUUGACUAGUGAUCUACCUGAGUCCAAGGUUUAUGUUUUAGAUGCUUUGAGAAGUAUGCUUUCUGUUGUUUCUCUUAGUGACCUUCUACGUGAUGGCAGUGCUGCGAGUGAUGCGAUCAAUACAAUGAUAAAAUUAUUAAGCUCCACAAAGGAAGAAACUCAGGCAAAGUCAGCAUCAGCUUUGUCAGGAAUUUUUGAAACAAGGAAAGAUGUGCGCGAAAGCAACAUUGCUGUGAAAACUCUUUGGUCAGCCAUGAAGUUGCUUAAUGUUGAAUCUAGAAGUAUCUUAGUGGAGUCCUCACGCUGCCUAGCUGCAAUAUUUCUUUCCAUUAAAGAGAAUAGGGAGGUAGCUGCUAAUGCUAGAGAUGCAUUAUUCUCUCUAGUUGCACUAUCUAGCUCUUCAGUUUUGGAGGUAGCGGAGCUGGCAACAUGUGCUGUGGCAAAUCUUUUAUUGGAUAGUGAAAUUGCAGAGAAAGCUAUUGUGGAGGAAGUUAUUUUUCCUGCUACCCGAGUAUUGCGUGAUGGCACAAGAUCUGGAAAAAUACAUGCAGCAAGAGCAAUUUCUCGCCUUUUGCAUUCUAGGGAAGUUGAUUAUGCUGUAAAUGAUUGUGUGAACCGUGCUGGUACUGUUCUUGCAUUAGUUUCUUUCUUAGAUUCUGCUAUUAAUGAACCUGUUGCGACAACAGAGGCUCUAGAAGCACUUGCCAUUCUGUCCAGGUUGAAAGAGACAGCUGGACUUAGUAAACCUGCUUGGAUGACUUUGGCAGAAUUCCCCAAAAGCAUCAGCCCAAUAGUUCUGUCAAUUGCUGAUUCAACACCAGUGUUGCAGGAUAAAGCUAUUGAAAUAUUAUCCCGAUUAUGUAAGGAUCAGCCUUCCGUGUUAGGAGAGAUUGUUGCUACUGCAUCUGGAUGUAUAUCUUCAAUAGCUAAGAGAAUAAUCAAUUCCAGUUCUACAAAUCUGAAGGUCAAAAUUGGGGGAGCUGCAAUUCUUAUUUGUGCUGCUAGAGAAAAUCACCAGAGGCUGGUGGAGGAUCUAAAUUUAUCAAACUUGUGUGCUGAUCUUGUACAGUCGCUCGUUGAUAUACUUAUUUCUUCGCAGGCUACUUUGGUUAAUCAGGACAAUGACAAGAAGGAAGUCAUCAGCAUAUGCAGGCAUACAAAAGAUGCCAAUGACGGUAUAUCCACCAACAGCACCACCAUUAUAUCUGGUGCCAAUGUAGCUAUAUGGUUACUGUCUGUUCUUGCUAGCCAUGAUGAAAAAGCUAGAAUUGCAAUAAUGGAGGCUGGAGCGAUUGAGAUUCUCACUGACAGGAUUGAAAAUUUCCCCUCACAGUACAGUCAGAUUGACUAUAAAGAAGAUAGCAGCAUGUGGAGUUGUGCUUUGUUGUUGGCAAUAUUAUUUCAAGACAGGGAUAUCAUACGAGCACAUGCAACAAUGAAAUCUAUACCAGUCCUUGUCAAUUUAUUGAAGUCAGAGGAAUCAGCAAACAAAUAUUUUGCUGCACAAUCUAUAGCUAGCCUAGUCUGUAAUGGUAGCAGGGGAACACUUUUAUCUGUGGCGAAUUCUGGGGCGCCAGGUGGACUUAUCUCCUUGCUUGGCUGUGCUGAUCUUGAUAUACAGGAUCUUCUGGAAUUGUCAAAUGAAUUUUCAUUGGUGCCUUAUCCUGAUCAAGUUGCUCUCGAGAGGCUGUUUAGAGUUGAUGACAUUAGAGUUGGUGCCACUUCUAGGAAGGCAAUACCUGCCCUAGUUGAUCUACUCAAACCGAUUCCAGAUCGCCCAGGCGCACCAUUUUUGGCACUUGGGAUUAUGACUCAGCUUGCUACAGAUUGUCCAUCAAAUCAGAUUGCAAUGGCAGAGUCGGGGGCCAUAGAGGCACUUACUAAGUAUCUUUCACUGGGUCCACAAGAUGCAAUUGAAGAAGCUGCCACAGAUCUGUUGGGGAUUUUGUUUAGUAGUGCUGAGAUAAGGAAACACGAGUCUGCAUUUGGUGCUGUUAAUCAACUUAUAGCUGUGCUACGUUUAGGAGGAAGAGCUGCAAGGUAUAGUGCUGCUAAAGCAUUGGAAAGUUUAUUCUCAGCUGACAACAUUAGAAAUGCAGAGAAUGCCCGGCAUGCUAUUAAACCCUUGGUGGAGAUGCUUAAUACUGGCUCAGAAAGAGAGCAACAUGCUGCAAUUUCUGCGUUAGUCAAGUUACUGAGUGAAAAUCCUUCAAGAGUACUUGUUGUUGCUGAUAUUGAAAAGAAUGCCAUUGAUGUUCUUUGCAGAAUUCUUUCAUUAGAUUGUCCAAUGGAUUUCAAAGGGGAUGCUGCUGAGCUAUGUUGUGUUCUCUUUGGAAAUACAAAGAUUCGAUCCACAGUAGCUGCUGCACGGUGUGUUGAACCUCUGGUCUCUCUCCUUGUAAGUGAGUUUAGUCCUGCUCAUGAUUCAGUUGUCCGGGCAUUGGAUAGGCUUGUUGGUAACGAGACAUUGGCUGAACUAGUUGUUGCACAUGGUGCAGUUAUUCCUCUCGUUGGCCUACUUUUUGGUAGGAACUUUGUACUUCAUGAGGCCAUUUCCAGAGCUCUGGUCAAGUUAGGGAAAGAUCGACCUAAUUGUAAAAAUGAAAUGGUGAAAGCUGGAGUCAUUGAAAGUAUACUUGACAUCCUUCCUGAAGCACCUGAUUAUCUCUGUGCAGCUUUUACUGAAUUGUUACGUAUAUUGACCAAUAAUGCUAGCAUAGCCAAAGGACCAUCAGCUGCUAAAGUGGUUGAACCCCUGUUCUUUUUGCUAACAAGGCAAGAAUUUGGGUCUGAUGGACAACAUAGUGCGUUGCAGGUUUUGGUUAAUAUCUUAGAACACCCACAGUGCCGUGCUGAUUACACAUUAACUUCUCACCAUGCUAUAGAGCCACUCAUCCCCUUGCUCGAUUCUCAAAAAGUAGAAGUGCAGCAGCUGGUUGCUGAGCUUCUCUCACAUCUACUUUUAGAAGAACACCUUCAGAAGGACCCAGUGACACAGCAAAUAAUUGGCCCUCUUGUGCGAGUUCUUGGUUCUGGCAUACAAAUAUUGCAGCAGAGAGCUUUAAAGGCCCUAGUCAGUAUUGCAAUUGUAUGGCCAAAUGAAAUUGCAAAAGAGGGUGGAGUUAUUGAAAUUUCUAAAGUGAUAUUGCAAGCUGACCCUUCCAUUCCUCAUACUUUAUGGGAGUCUGCUGCCUCUGUUUUGGCAAGUAUUCUGCAAUUUAGUUCUGAAUUCUACUUGGAAAUUCCUGUUGCUGUUUUGGUAAGAUUGCUUCAAUCUGGAUCAGAAACCACGGUUAGUAGUGCAUUAAGUGCUCUUCUUGUAUUGGAAAGUGAUGAUGGAACUACUGCGGUCGCAGAAGCAAUGGCUGAAACUGGUGCCGUAGAGGCUCUCUUGGAGCUCCUAAGAUCUCAUCAGUGUGAGGACACAGCUGCAAGACUCUUAGAAGUAUUGCUGAACAAUGUAAAGAUUAGAGAAACAAAGGUUACUAAAUCAGCCAUCUUACCAUUAUCCCAAUACCUCUUGGAUCCACAAACUCAAGCACAGCAAGCAAGGUUAUUAGCAACUUUGGCUCUUGGUGAUCUAUUCCAGAAUGAGGGUCUUGCUCGGACGGCUGAUGCAGUUGCAGCUUGUCGUGCUUUAGUGAAUGUGCUUGAAGACCAACCAACUGAAGAAAUGAAAGUUGUUGCCAUAUGUGCUCUGCAAAACCUUGUGAUGCACAGUCGAUCAAAUAAAAGAGCAGUUGCAGAGGCCGGUGGAGUUCAGGUUAUACUCGAUCUGAUCGGUUCAAGUGAUCCUGAAACAUCUGUUCAGGCUGCAAUGUUUAUUAAACUUCUCUUUUCAAAUCAUACUAUUCAAGAGUAUGCUUCUAGUGAAACAGUCAGAGCGAUAACUGCUGCUAUUGAAAAGGAUUUAUGGGCUACUGGAACUGUGAACGAUGAGUAUCUUAAAGCCUUAAAUUCUUUAUUCAGCAACUUCCCGCGACUGAGAGCAACUGAACCAGCAACACUUAGCAUUCCACAUCUAGUUACAUCCUUAAAGACAGGUUCAGAGGCUACUCAGGAAGCUGCCUUGGAUGCACUUUUUCUGCUCAGACAAGCUUGGUCAGCAUGCCCAGCAGAAGUUUCUAGAGCUCAGUCCAUAGCAGCCGCAGACGCUAUUCCUUUGUUACAGUUUUUAAUCCAGUCUGGCCCACCUCGGUUUCAGGAGAAGGCAGAAUUUCUAUUGCAGUGUUUGCCGGGGACAUUGGUGGUGAUUAUCAAGUGUGGUAAUAAUAUGAAGCAGUCCGUUGGAAACCCGAGUGUUUACUGUAAGCUUACACUUGGAAACACUCCUCCACAGCAAACCAAGGUGGUUUCAACUGGCCCCAAUCCAGAGUGGGAUGAGAGUUUCUCAUGGUCCUUUGAAAGUCCUCCCAAAGGCCAGAAGCUUCAUAUUUCUUGCAAAAACAAGAGUAAAAUGGGAAAGAGCUCAUUUGGGAAAGUGACAAUCCAGAUUGAUCGGGUGGUGAUGCUGGGGGCAGUAUCUGGAGAGUACACUCUGUUGCCUGAAAGUAAAAGUGGCCCCUCAAGAAAUUUAGAAAUAGAAUUUCAAUGGUCCAACAAGUGA